AAUUAAUGGUGAGAAAUUAAAAACUUAAUUAUAAAUUUGGUUCGGGAGAUGCGUCAGAGCUAGGGUUAGAGAUUCAGCCAUUUGUUUGUCUUUAUAGAUACGAAAGCAAAACAUUUUGGGGCCGAAACAAUUCGAUCCUGCGGGUCCCGAGCUUUUCUUAUUUUGUUUUUUUUUCCUCUUCUGUCCGGUGAUCUUCGAGAGAGGGCGCGCGAGCGAAGCGGGGAAAUAGAAUUAGGGCACGGUCGGGGGUAGGGAAGUGCUCUUGGGCUUCGAAGCCUCUACCGAAAGGAGGGAGGUGAUACGACGCGAGUAAGAAGAAGUCGAAGAAAUCGAAGAGAUGUCGGUCCUCGUCGUGACGAGCCUGGGAGACAUCGUGGUGGAUCUCCACACCGAUCGCUGCCCCCUCACCACUAAGAACUUCCUCAAGCUCUGCAAGAUGAAGUAUUACAAUGGAUGCCUGUUUCACAAGGUGGAGAAGGACUUCUUGGCACAGACUGGAGACCGCACGGGGACUGGGACCGGAGGUGAUUCAGUGUACAAAUUUCUGUAUGGUGAGCAGGCACGCUUUUUUGAGGAUGAAAUCCAUCCAGAUCUGAAACAUUCUAAAACUGGAACUGUAGCUAUGGCUAGUGCUGGAGAGAAUCUUAAUGCUUCCCAGUUUUACUUCACACUACGUGAUGACCUUGACUAUCUUGAUGAAAAACACACAGUAUUUGGUAUUGUUGAAGAAAAAGAAGGCUUGGACACAUUGGCAAAGAUAAAUGAAGCAUAUGUUGAUGAUCAAGGCAGACCAUUUAAAGACAUUAGGUUUUCUCCAAUGCCUUACAUCGAUCCCGAGCAAGAAAUUUUUUGAAAAAGGAUCACUGGAACAUUUUCUUGCAAACAUACUAAUUGGUAAGGACAUCUGAAGGUCCUGAGGAUAUGAACAAGAAAUUAUUAUAAGCAUAAGGAUAUUACCAUCAGUUUCCUUGGUAAUGUCAAUGUGAAAAUGACAAUAUAGC